AUGGCGGAAUCCAUGAUUGAAAACGUGUUUUUCUCAUUCGUUCCAUCAUUUUGCGACAGUUCGGGUUCCAGGUCGGGCAUCAGACAGCUUGUUGAUAUUGCAGAAGACAGCAAACUUUUUACAUUGCAGAAGCCAGGAAAAUUGCAUGAAAUUAUUGGUCAUAUCAACACCUGUCUGAACUCAGCAAAGCAAAGGGUAGAAGGUUUGGUGUUCCUCGACAAAGUACUUGAACAAUGUGUAACAGAGGUAUUCACACACAAUACACUCACAUGGAUUCGUUUCAUGAUUCAGAUUUUCCAGUCACAUGAUCCUCCAAGCACACAGCGUCUGGCAUGUUACGUUUGUAGCAGAAUUCUGGGCAUUGUCAGUGACUUCACAUCCUUGAGUCGGGAGGUUACCUCCCUUGUGCCACAGAUCAUCUCUGCCCUGCUCUCGGCUCCAACAGAGUGGAGAAAUGAAGCAUGCCUCUGUAUCAACAGCUGUAUAUCAAACUAUCCUGGUCCCUGUGCUGCAUUCAAGGGCAAGAUUGAUUCAUAUGUGGUGAAGGAACUCUCUUGUGAUGUUGUAUCAAAGGAAGUGAUGCGGUGCUUCGCUCUGCUGAGUCGGUGUGGAGGUGGAGGAAACAUGGGCCUGAAGCACACAGAGGGCUGGAGUGUACAGUUUAACCGAGUGGUCAACAGUUUACACAGAUUGUUUGACCACUUGUAUGAAGGGCUUGACACAGUCAUGUCACCUGUCACUGGGGAGGAUGGAACAAGGGUCAUACCCCUGGAGGAUUUGCCCACAUCAUACCCUCAAAGGUACCAUGCCCUUAUGUCCAGGUGCCACGCCUACUCUGGCUGCCUGCAGGCCUUACUCAGUGAGAGUUUCCAAGCUCUUGUGAAAAUUCCCGCCCAGGCAGUCCUGAACCUUGUCUGUAGGAUCCUGUCUGUUAACUGUAAAAUGCUGGUAGCUAGACCUUCUACAGAGCGACUUUUAUUAGCUGGAUUUAUACCAUCUAUACACAGAUUAGCCAUCUCUCUCCUCUACAACCUCAUCAAAUGCUGUAAACUUCACCUUCUGCCUCACACCAAGUUGGUACUGACUCUGCUGGUACAAGAACUAGUCUGGAGUCAUUCCACUCCAAACUACGGGCAGGCGCGCCCCUACAGUGAACUGAGGAAGAGUGUAUACAACUGUCUGACACUAUGGUUCCAAAUGACAGUUACCUUCGUAGAGACAUCCACUGAAGACUCAGCCUUAUGUGAGGAGAUACUUCAUGAUGCUGGAAUGCAACUUGAUACAUUCAAGCUUUCUAGUGGUGCAGGAGAUAGUACCAGUAAGUCUGAUCCUCAACCGCCUCCUCGCAAGAAAAAGAAGACAGGUUACCAGGAAAUAUCACAGGGUAUUAGCUCCCUGAGGAAGAUUGACAGGUUGGCAGGGGCAGAUCUGGUGUCAGCAGCAUUAGAGGCCCUUUACUGGUGGCUCACAGCAAUUGGAUCUCAAAUGUCACAGAAAAUAUUACAGAAUGUACAGGAGUUUGCUAUUUCGACAUGCCUUGCAAUGUUCCAACAGAGGAAGAACUCAGAGAUUCCUUACAGAGACCCAUGUUGUAGAUACCAGAUACUAAGGGUACUGCUGGCCUGUUGUCUAGUGCCUCAUCCCUCGACACCCUCACCGCUCCACUGUUCCUUAGGGAUCUUCAGGAUGGGGCUUCAUGACCAGUCCUUUAAGGUUAACAAGAUUUGUUUGGAGGCACAAAGAACUCUAGAGGCACUGAUUCAUCCUCGUGCACCUUGUAUUAAAGCCCCAGUGGUGGUUACUCAAGUGUUAACUGUGGGAGGCAGUAAGGACAGUCAGACAGAUCAAACAGUGGACACAAAUAAGGACCUUAAUGGUCAUCAUGACAUUGAAAAGUCUUCAAAUUUCAUACAGCAGCAAUCUGAUUCCCAAAAUUUCACAUCAUCACAUAAACGGAGAUCACUUUUUAGUCAUUCAGAAAACAGCAGUGACUUUGAAAUCGGAGAGGCUGGGAAAAGAAUAUUUUCAAGGACCAAAAAUGAUGAUAUGUCAUCACAUGUUCAAAACGAAAGUAAAACAAAUGAAGUUACUGCAGCCAUUAGUAGAUACAAUGAUGACAUGGAAGCAUCUACAUCUCAACAAGGUCACAUAGUUCAACAAGACUUAGAGCUGAUGGAAGAGGAUGAGGAUUCAUCAGAAAGUGAGUCACACACAGAAAUGGAGGUUAGUGUUGACACUUCUGUGAUGGUGGAUGGCAGGGACCCAGGAGUCACAGAACACACUGGUGGUGAGGUAGAUGAGGAGGACACAGUGGUCACAGAGUGCACUAGUGCUACUGACUGCGCUGCAGUCCCAGAGUCUUCUCCAGACCUCCUUGAUGCUAAAGCUGUUGAGGACCUUGAAGAACACUGUGAUAGAAAAGGGAGAAAGCAGGAGGUUGAUACCAAAGAUACUGUAGUCAGAGAGGUUAUAAAAGACUCUGAGAAAGAACUAAAUGAGAAUCAGGAGGAUGCAGAGGAGAAUUCUGAGCUGGAGUUGAUGUUGUCCUCCUUUGUGAACACAGCAACAGACGAUAAGGAUCAAUAAUAAUAUCUCUUGUACAAAACCAUUGUAACACCUAGACCUGGAGUUCAAAAGCAUAUGGAUAAUUGGAUAUGACAUUUGA